GGCCGGGGGAGUUUCACCAAUGUGUCUAUCAGCCAGUAAUGUAUCCGUAUAGCUGUACGGAGUAUGAAUUACCUAUAUGUGAGGUGGGUACGUACCCAUGGGAGCAAUUGAUCGCUACCCGAAUUGUAUUGGACUGCGGGACCAGCAAUAGAAGCAGCCGUACCCGCGAGCGGCAAGCACCCACCUCAUUAGGUAGUUCGUUAUUUGGGAGGGCCCGCCAUCGACAGCUCCCAGCCCAGCUAUUACACCGAGUCCUCCCCUUUUGGAUCACCACAGGAUCGCAGGUUGCGUCGUCACAGCAUUGCAUAUCGUCGUCUGCAUCUUUUUCUCCCCCUUUCGAACCCUCCUCCUCUUUCCCAUCCCGCCACCCAGGUUCCCGAACAUACUACAUCAUCCCUAAUGGCGGGCCGCUUUGUGCGAGCGUCGAAAUAUCGACACGUCUUUGGCAAGCCGACCCGCAAGGAGUUCUGCUACGAUAACCUUCGCAUUAGCCGGAAUGCAUGGGAUACCAACUUGGUGAAGGCCAACCCCGACUACCUCUCGGUCAAUUGGGAAGCCGGCGGCGGCGGCGCCUUUGCUGUCAUCCCCCUUGGCGAGACGGGCAAGGUACCUGACCAAAUCCCUCUGUUCCGAGGCCAUACCGCCACCGUCCUUGAUACCGACUGGAACCCCUUCAACGACCGCGUCAUCGCGUCUGGGUCCGAGGACGGAAAGGUCUUUAUCUGGCAGGUUCCCGAGAACUUCACCCUCUACACCGAUGCCGAGGAGCCUGCCGACGUCUCCCCUGUCGGCAAGCUCGCCGGCCAUUCGAGAAAGGUCGGCCAGGUCCAGUUCAACCCCGCCGCCGAGAACAUCCUCGCGUCCGCAUCCGGCGACUUCACGAUCAAGCUCUGGGACAUCAACAAUGGCUCAUCUACCCAUACCCUGAAGCACAACGACAUCGUGCAGAGUCUUUCAUGGAACGCCAGCGGUUCGCUCCUGGUGACGACGUCCCGCGACAAGAAGAUCCGCGUGUGGGAUGUGCGCGCCGAGAAGCCCGUCCACGAGGCCCCAGGCCACCCGGGCGCCAAGAACAGCAGAGCCGUGUGGAUGGGCGAGCACAAUCGCUUCGCCACGGCCGGUUUCUCGCGCAUGAGCGAGCGUCAGCUCGCUCUGUGGGAACCCGGUCGCAACGAGCCCAUCGGAGGCUUCUCCAUGCUGGACUCGAUCUCGGGUGUCAUUAUGCCCUUCUGGGACGAGGGAUCCAACUGUUUGUAUCUUGCUGGCAAGGGUGACGGCAAUAUCCGCUACUACGAGUAUGAAAACGACAAGUUCGAGUACCUGAGCGAGUACAAGUCCGCCGAGCCCCAAAGAGGCAUUGCCUUCGUUCCGCGCCGCGGCAUUAACGUGCACGAGAACGAGGUUAUGAGAGCUUACAAGACGGUCAACGAUACUUACAUCGAGCCCAUCUCCUUCACCGUCCCCCGUAGAGCCGAGACCUUCCAGUCCGAUAUUUUCCCCCCUGCUACUGGUCUCAAGCCGGCCGUCAGCGCUCAGGAGUGGCUGGGCGGCAAGGAUGGCAUCCCCACCAAGAUUGACCUGGAGAGCGUGUACGAGGGCACUGCUCCCAAGGAGGUCGCCUCUGACUACAAGCCCCCUGUGAUUGCCUCUGCUCCUGCGCCAGCUGCUAAGCCUGCGCCGAAGCCCGCCCCUGCUCCGGAGCCCACCCCGGUUGCCCGGUCACCGCCGCCCUCAAUGAGGGAUCAGCAGGUCUCCAUGUCCAACAUGGCGUCCAAGUUCAAGGACGACGAGCCUGCCGAGCCGGAAGAUGAUGACGACAACUCCAGUUUCGAAGAGGUACAGAGACCAGCCCAGCGUGCUGCUGUCCCUGCUGCCGCUGCCGCCCCUGCUCCUGCUCCUGCCCGUGUCGAGCCCGCCAACAUCCCGUCCCCCAUCAAAGCGCCGUCCCCCUCCCAAAUCAAGUCGCCUCCCGCCCAACAGUCGCCUGUCAAGGCGUCGGCCAACUCACCUGCAUCCUCAACGCACAUCGAGUCGUCUCUGGACCAGAUUAGACAGAUGCUGGAGCAGCAGACGAAGCUGAUCAGCAAGCAGAACGACAAGAUUAGCCAGCUGUCAGGCGAAGUUGAGGGGCUGAAGCGCAAGGUGAACGCCGGUGGGUCUCAGGAUCAGAGCGAGAGGAUCAGGCAGCUGGAGCUGGAACUCGAAGCCGCGCGCUCUUGAAAUGCUAUUUUUUGCGGUGUGACUGAUAUGCGAAGGGGAGAGAUGGGGGUUAGUGGGUAUGCAUGUGCAUGUGUCAGUGAGGAGUGUGCGUCAGGGGUUGGAAAGAUGUGAUGAAAAGGGGUUUUGGGAUGGAUAGCAAGCAGUGUUUGUCACAAGCAGAGUUAGUUAGUUUGGUGUUACCCGCAUUUUUGUUCUCUUCUGUCUGUCGAGUGCUUGUUGCAUAGAGGGUACCUAGUGCAUAUGUACACAG